AACAAGGCAGCAUUUCAAACUCCCCCACCAACAUGAAGUUUCCAUUUUCCUUCAAAUUCAACGAAGUUGCAUCUUCGCCGUCAUUGUCGUCGUCGUCGUCGUGGCCGUGGCCUAGCUGCUCCACCACCCCCAGGACAAUCUCUUUCCGCGCCGACGACCAAAUUGCUACCGCCACUCCAUAUGAAUCACUCUGCCCCGACCAAGAAUCCGUCAUUAUUAGCGGACUUAGAUCGGAGCGGCUCUUCUUCGAGCCUGGCGCGACGAGUUCCAUACUGGCGGAAGCAAAAACAAUCACAGAUGAAUCGGAGAGCGUGGCGGUGGUGGUGAUGGAUUCGAUGAAUCCGUUUGUCGAUUUCAGGGCUUCGAUUGCGGAGAUGGUGGAGGCCUGCGGCGGCGGGGUCAGAGAUUGGGAGUUUUUGGAGGAGCUGCUGGGGUGGUAUCUCAGUGUUAACGAUGAGAGCAACCAUGGCUAUAUAGUUGGAGCUUUUGUUGACUUGCUUAUUGAUGAAGAAACUUCUUCUUCUUCUUCUUGUUCUCUUUCUUCUUCUUCUUCUCUAGCUGCUGCCAAUUAUUCUUUCACUUCUCCUCUCUCGUUUACUUCGUAUUCAACUGAGGAAGACAUCAAUAUUAUUGUCCACAAAUAGUAGUAGUAUGAUUUUUUUUAUCUUCUCUUUUUUGGAAAUGACAGUUAGUUAUGGUUGGCGACUCCGUCUUCUAGAUUAAUGUAAUUUUGGGUAGUGGUUGAUGAAGAUGACAGUUGAUUUCUUGU